UCGUCAGAUACUGACGGGUCAGAGAUGGAACUUAAUGAUAAUAUGAAGCAAAUGAUUUAUCAAAGAUGGAGAGUUUUUUCCUGACUGGUGUGCUUGAUGAAUUAAAAAUAUGCUUCAAUUAUACUCAUCAGAAUGAUCUUAGUUUCAUGAAGGUGCUUCUUGCAAAAGAGAGUCAACUGUUUGAAUUUAGAGCAGUUGGCGGUCAGGUUGAGCUUUCCAUAAGAGGGAAUGACAUGCUUAUUGGAACCAUGCUUAAAUCUUUGGAGAUUGAAGAUCUAGUUUGUAGCAAUGGGUUGUCUCAACCGUGUUUUCUUGCCAGAUCAUUUAUCCGAAGUGUAGAUGCAUAUUCAUCUUUUGAUGAUACUGCGAAUCAGAGCCUUGAGAGCAACGAUCUUACUGUUGAAGGAGACGAAAAGUUUUAUGAGGCCCCUGAAAAUUUAGUUGAUUCAUUCGACUAUGCAUCGCAGACACCAAGGAACAUUUCUGGGUAUUUGGGUUCCCAAGAUUCACUCCAAUCUAAGACCCCUAGUUUUAGUCGUAUUGUAGGUUUACUCCCUGGUGAUACUCUCAAAACUGGACAGCAGGGUAUGGAAGCAACUGAGAUAUUGGACAGCUUUGUGAAAGCGCAGAUAGUUAUCCAUGAUAAAAGUUCGCCACAAUAUGAGAACAUUGAUAACUUGGUGACAGUUACCCUGGCUACUUUGUCAUUUUUCUGCCGUAGACCAACUAUCCUUGCUGUUAUGGAAUUUGUAAAUGCUAUUAAUAUUGAGGAUGGAUCUUGUGAAUCUUUCAACGACAAUUCUUCAGAUUCUAACUUAGAAGAAGAUCUUUCUCAAGGAAAUGUAAUCGAAGAUCAGCAUUUAAGUGCAUCUGAGGAGCCUACCGUAAAGGGUUUGCUAGGAAAGGGGAAAUCAAGAAUCAUUUUCAAUUUAACACUAAAUAUGGCUCAUGCACAGAUUUUGCUGAUGAACGAGAAUGAGACUAGGUUUGCUACAUUGUCACAGGAUAAUCUACUUACAGAUAUUAAGGUCUUCCCAUCCUCUUUCAGUAUAAAGGCAGCUCUUGGAAAUCUAAGAAUAAGUGAUGACAGUCUUCCUAAGAGCCACAUGUAUUUUUGGAUUUGUGAUAUGAGAGAUCCUCAAGGGACUUCAUUUGUUGAGCUUUCUGAAGUGCGCAUAGUUUAUCUGAAUAGAUUCGUGCAGGAGGUUGUUCACUAUUUUAUGGGUCUCGUUCCCAACACUCCAAAAGGUGUUGUCCGAUUAAAAGAUCAAGUAACAAAUUCUGAGAAGUGGUUUACAACUAGUGAAAUUGAAGGAUCACCUGCUUUGAAGUUGGACCUAUCCCUUAGAAAACCUAUAAUAUUAAUGCCUCGGCGUACAGACAGCCUUGAUUUCUUGAGGCUUGAUGUUGUUCAUAUAACUGUUCACAACACUUUCAACUGGUUUGGCGGCAACAAAAAUGAGCUGGGCGCAGUUCAUUUGGAAUUAUUGAUGAUUAUGGUUGAGAAUAUCAGUUUAAAUGUCGGCACGGGAUCAGAGUUAGGUGAAAACAUAAUUCAAGAUGUCAAGGGGGUUUCUGUAGUCAUUCGAAGAGCAUUACGAGACUUGUUGCAUCAGGUACCAAGCACGGAAGCUACAAUCAAGAUAGAUGAGUUAAGAGCAGCACUUUCGAAUAGGGAAUACCAAAUUGUUAUGGAGUGUGCACAUUCUAAUAUUUCUGAAACUCCAAAUGUUGUCCCACCAUUGAUCAGUAAUCUCGUGAGUUCUUCUGAUGAUGCAGUGGAAACUAUUAUUCCCAAAGAUCCAGCUCUUGUUGAAUCUGAAACAGUAACCAGUGAGGCCUGGAUUACAAUGAAAGUUUCCAUUAUUAUCAAUCUGGUUGAGUUGGAAGCCAAAGGAUAUCAGUAUGAGCCCAAAGUUCUUAAUUGA